UCAGAUGAUUAUCAGACUAUACCUUUGUGUGAUUUUGUGUGUCUCACCUUGUCACCUUUGGGAUGGAUCUCGUUCGGGAUCAGGGGUCCGGAUGGGUUCCAUCCAUGAGCCAUGCGCUUGUGGUCUCAAUGCUGCUGCUGGCGGCUGUACACCUACGCUUGACCAAGUCCGAUGUGUACCUCGGGCUGGCCGCGCUUCGUCAGCAAAUCCGGCAGCACACCAAGGUCCUGACCCAGCGCGAGCUGGAUCGACAGCAUCGAUUUGAGGCGGAACUGCUCAGAGUUCGGAUAGACGUCUAUGACAGGGUUCGCCGUGUUGGGAUUCAUAUCGUUUUCGCAUACAGUCUUUCCAUAAUGCAGCAGCUGCUGACUGAUCCCCGGUCUUCAUGCAUGCAACUUCUAGGCCCCCUGGUGGAAUAUGCGCUGCACACUUUGCUGCAAACAGGUUAUUUGGAGAUCAAAACAUGGAACCACUUUCGCAUGCUGCGAUGUGUUUGGCUUUGUGGCUACGCUGCGUGUGCGUACGCUGUGGCCAAUGAGAUGGACUAUGAACGCUUUUGUGCCAUGGAAAAGCUUUCAGCUGCGGCACUUAUGGUUCAAAGUGUGGUGUUUCUGGAUUGCAAGGUGACUGUCCCCGUCUAUAUCUUUGGAGCCACAGUGGUCACUUUGAAACACUGGCAUUGGACGGGCUUCGUGCUAGCAAGUUUGGUCUGGCAUGUCGCGUUUGCCGGGAUGAUGGCCUGCGUGGUCUUUGCCAUGCAAUAUCACAUUGCCGCAAAAUUGGAAUCUGAAGAUGUGUCCUCUCUCCUCCUGGCAUCGCGGCGUGUUUUGAGGGGGGUCUGUGACGGUGACGUGGUUUUGGACUGUCGCACUCAUCGCAUUCUGGAGGAUUCCACCUCAUUGGAACGGCUCUUGAAUGUCAAGAGGAAGUUGAGUGGGAGCAACUUCUUGGAUCUCUUUCUGGACGCUGAUGGGCGGCAGCAAUUUUUGCAGUUUCUGCAGAGUGAAGCGCUUCCCCAACAACGCAAAGCAGCCAUCCCGCCUUGCUGGCGGAUUGUCUUGCAGGGUGCGCAUGGCCCGGUGUCCACCGAUGUCUUCUGCACAAGCUGUGCUGCAGCAGGGCAAGACUUUUACCUGCUGGCGUUGCGGGCCGAUCCAGAUCAGUUUGGCAUCCCCCCUGAUGCACCUUACCCACCUCAGUCGGCUGCAUGGCAGUUCGAUCAGGAGCAACAACAGCCAAAAAGGCAGCCUUCAGAGGGCAACAGCUCAGUAGAAGUUGCGGAGGCCUUCAGGGAGCUCAUGCAGGUGCGGCUGCUUGUGAAUAUCGACACCCCCCGGCUGGACAUCGAGGAGGCCACCCUGUCUUUCUCGCGCUCACGCCACAGGGAUGGCAUGCCGACACUGCGCAGCUUCGUUUCCAUCAACGAUUGGGACCGAGUAGAAGACCUCUUUCGCAGUGCCAAGGAGAGCUUCAAAGCCGGGGGCGCACAAGCCUGGCAUUUCCCAUCACCCCUGUUGUUCCGGAUCCCCGGCAGCCGCCCACGCAGUUACCUCCGUGCCAGAAGUGCCGUGGUGACCGUCGGGGAUGAAGAUGAAGAUGAAGAGUCGCAAGGUCCACCAGCUUUUGAAUUCCACUUGGCUACCUUUGACCUCAAGCAUUCUCGCCAGCCAAGAGAGCAGGACCUCGAGAGCAUUGGUGAAGAUGGGGAAUAGGAGAGCGAAUAGCAUUUUGUUUUCAAGAAGGCAAAUCACGGAAAUUUGGUGCGGACCCAUUUCUUGAUGGUUAGAAGUUAGAAGCUUGUAUUGAAUUCUGGCAGAGAUCUCACCUCUGUCAAGAGAAUCAAGAGACAUCCAGACAGCCUCACUUUCUUGUGUGAUUGCGAGCGAAAAAA